AAGACAAGAAGAACGUGAAGAACGCUAGAAGCUAGCAAACGUCUUUUUUCACUAGUUAUAAUGUUAUGAAUUGAUACCUGCUUUGCAAUCAAUUUACUGGAGUAUAGACGCAUGAAACCGAGGUUAGGUGUAUGAAGGGAGGACGUGGAGAGUGGUCCUGAAGAUGAGGCGUCUGUACAGGAAGAAAGCCCUGAGUCUGGUUAAGGAGCUGGAUGCCUUCCCCAAGGUCCCAGAGAGCUAUGUCGAGACCACAGCCACAGGGGGGACAGUGUCCCUGAUAGCAUUCGCUGCCAUGGCACUGCUGGCCUUCUUUGAGUUCUUUGUGUAUCGGGACACCUGGAUGAAGUAUGAAUACGAAGUGGAUAAAGAUUUCUCAAGUAAAUUGAGAAUAAACAUAGAUAUUACAGUUGCCAUGAAAUGCCAACAUGUAGGUGCAGACAUUCUGGACCUGGCAGAGACUAUGAUAACAUCAAAUGGCAUUCAGUAUGAGCCUGUGAUUUUUGAGCUGACCCCGCAGCAAAAACUGUGGCACAGGACCCUGUUGCUGAUACAGAACAGGCUGAGGGAGGAGCAUUCUCUACAGGAGGUCUUGUACAAGAGUGUUCUAAAGGGAGCCCCUACGGCCUUGCCCCCUAGAGAGGGCACCGCCUCAGAGCCCUUAAGUGCCUGUAGGAUACAUGGACAUGUCUACGUCAACAAAGUGGCUGGGAACUUCCACAUCACAGUGGGAAAGCCUAUUCAUCAUCCUCGUGGCCAUGCUCAUAUAGCAGCUUUUGUAAGCCAUGACACGUACAACUUCUCCCAUCGGAUAGACCAUCUGUCUUUCGGAGAAGAGAUCCCCGGCAUCAUCAAUCCUCUGGACGGGACAGAGAAAAUCACCAGCAACCAUAAUGAGAUGUUCCAGUAUUUCAUUACGGUGGUACCUACCAAACUGCACACCUCCAAGGUGUCGGCAGACACACACCAGUUCUCUGUGACGGAGAGGGAGCGGGUGAUCAACCAUGCGGCGGGCAGCCACGGUGUGUCUGGAAUCUUUAUGAAGUACGACACCAGCUCUCUGAUGGUGACGGUCAGUGAGCAGCACAUGCCCCUCUGGCAGUUCCUGGUACGACUCUGUGGCAUCAUCGGGGGUAUCUUCUCCACCACAGGCAUGAUCCAUGGGUUUGUUGGCUUCUGUUUCGACAUAGUCUGCUGUCGCUUCAAACUAGGCCCAUAUAAACCUAGAGAGGUGGUUCUCCCAGAUCCCCAUGUGAACAAUUGUGCUGCUCCGCUCCUGACGGACAACCACGUACAGGAGUAGCCCUGUGACCUGCGCCCAUAUCCACAAAGCUCUCUGAGUAGGAGUGCUGAGAUUGAAUCAGUUUUGCCCUUUUGUAUCAUAAGAUUGUAUGGACAGAUCCUAGAUCAGCACUCCUACUGUGAGACGCUUUGUGGAUAUGGGACCUGGAGCCUGCUGCUGAUCGUGCACCUACUGUCCCUUCACCUGUGUGGGAAUCCAGGAAGAGAAGUCUCCAAUCACAAGUAUGUGGAUUGCUGGGAGUUUGUUUUUAACCAAAUAAGAGUAAACUGAUUAGGAUGCGACAAUCAUAAUUGUUCUAUUUAUUGUUUUGGACAGUAUCCUCAUAUGACUACCAAUAUAAUAUAUUUAUAUCCUGUAAAUAUGUAUUUUACACUGGAAAAUGGAAAGCAGCUAACUCCCCAGUUUUAUCAGGCUUAGUGUGUAAAGGUAUUGGGAUGUUGUCAUCUGUAAGUUAGGCUGAAUGAAAUCUGAUCCUUCUAUGUUAUCAUUCAUACUAUUAACUUGCAUGUCAUGUUUGUUCUAUUUCUAUCUAUUUGCACUGUUGUUCAGUAUCUGUUUCACAUC